AUGAAAAACGGCGUGUGCGUAAUUUUAUGUUUAUUUUUCCUUAAGCAACUUGCCUGUGCGGAAACGGAAGGAAACGUCGACAACCUCAAUAAUGUAGGACUUAAAAAUUUGGAGAAGCCCAAUUUGAGAAGUGUCCUGACGGGCAGUCCAGGGGAUGUGUUGACAGAAGAUCAAGAAACAACCCACCAUGAAAGUUGCAGUACCUGCAGUACACCUAGCUCACCUGAAUGCGCAGAAUGUGAAAUUAAAUGUCCAGAAAGUUGUAACAGUGAUGAUGCAUGUCCAAAGGAUUGUGUCUUUGGUGAAGAAUGCAAAGGCGAUGAUUGCUCAGGAGAUUCAGCAUGUGAUGUAUGCGAGAAGGGAUGUGGAAAAGAGCAGACCGAAUCAAGUGAAAAAGAAGAUGCGAAAGCAAAAGAAACAGAAGAUGACGGAACACAGAUAGAACAAGACCCCCUAAUAUUGACGCAGGAUCCGGAGGAGGCCCAAAGAAUUAUACUUGAAACGUAUGGUGACCUUAAGAAUGUUGAGAAUCAGGAAGAAUCCGUUUUGGAGGAAAAUGAUGAGGGAGACGACCAGAUAGUCGAUGAAAAUGGGGAACAACAGGAGGAAGAAGAUGACGACGACGACAGCGAAGAAGAUGAUGACGAUGAGGAGGAGGAGGAGGAUGAUGAUGAUGAAGAGGGAAAGAAUACAUUGGUCUCAUCCAAUGACUCUGUAACGAACAACAGCGAAAAUGAUAAUACUAAAACAGAAGACGAGGAUUUGGUAGAAGACUUAAUGAGCAUACUAAAAGAAGAUGGCGGAGUUGACCCAUCCCUCAAAGUGUUAGCACAGGAUGUGGCUGACUACUUAAAUAACAUGGACGAGGGAAAUGAAGUUGCAUAA